AUGAGCGGAGUACCGCGCAUCGGCGACCUAGGGCAAGAAAACGCCAGACGCGUAGCUGCCGAGGGCGGAAAGUCGGAUGAGGGAAUCUUGGAGGCGUACAGCCAACAGGGGGAGAUUUAUUUCAAGCUGCAGGGUAAUUUUCGAAGGGGUCUUUUUCCGAAUUACGACAACGAGAGACUCGGAAUAGGAGCUCGGCCAUCCAGCAUCCAGCCUCCAGCAUCCAGCAUCCAGCAUCCAGCAUCCAGCAUCUGCGCGUCGGCUUUCGCCUACGCCGAUGUCGAGGGUAAGAAAUUCUUAACGAAGCAUCAAUACAAGAUUGCGAUGACCGCGAUGUUUGGAUUUUGUCCGGAUAAAUGGGAUAUCAAGCAGAUGUUGGCCGAUACUUCAAAUAACGGAAAUUUAAUCACCUUUCAAAAAUUCCAAAAUUCGGUCAGGAGGAAAAUCGAUUCUCCUGAAAAUUUUCUCAAUUUUGACUACUUCUUCACCUGCCUCGAUAGGAAUUCUAAGGGUUACCUAAUUUUCGACGAUCUGUUGACUGCCGCAGAGGAGGUGAAUUUGAAAAUACCACCAGUGAUUCUGAAAGGCGCUUUCAAAGAAUUGGAUCACGACCGGAAAGGAUUUAUAAGAAUGGAUGAUUUUGUGGCAAUGAUGCGAUGCAGAUGA